GUUGUUGUCACUGCUGCUGAUAUACAUUCUCCUAGCUCUCGCAGUACCUCACGUUGGUUGCAGUUUAUCAGGAUCGAACUCUCCUAUUGGUACUUACAGCCAACACAACGUUAUAAGUAGCCCACCUCUCAUCAAACGCUACGCGCUGAUCUCUCGCUGCUCCGACAAGCCGGUCCAGAUGGAUUUUAAAAAGAAAAUUUCAGCCAACGGAACCAAGUCUAAUCUCCUCUCGUGCUUAAAGUUCAUCUCAGAUGCCAGUGGCGCUAUCAAGAUCAAGAGCGGUUUGGUGAAUACUUAUCUCUGCUUCAGUCGGAAAGGACGGCUCAUAAGUCGGACGAGCGCUGAGAACUCACAGUGUAUGUUCAGGGAAGUAACUGACAACAACUACUUCAAACUUCAGUCAGUGGCCAACCCUCACUGGUACAUGGGGUUUGACAGGCGUGGGCGCAAGCUGAAGGGCUACGCCAAGAAUGAUAGCUGGGCCAGAAAUAAAUGUUUUAUGUUCACCAAAGUGGACUGGCCCAUCAAACGCAAAAGGCGACAUCAGCGCCACCGGAAAGCGUCACAGAUGGACACUGAUGACAGCCUAUCGGCGUGGGAUUUAUGCCAGCGGUGA